CUUAUCCCACACAUAAACAACAUACUCACGAAAUUUGGCGAACUCAGAAUUGGCCGAAGACAACAAUGGCGAAGAAGAAGGAGCUGCUAUCGAAAGCGCCGUGGAGAGGAGACGACGAUGACUCCGAUAAGUUUAGCGGCGCGAAGCUUAAGGUCACAAAGGAAUCUGACGGCAUGUCGAAGAUGCACGUCCCUAGCCAUGGAACCAAGAAAGGUAGUCUCGCCGAUGACGAUGAUUCUCUCGAAAUCGAUCCUCAGCUUCGAUACAGCUUCAAUCGCAACUAUCAGUUCCUGCAAAGAGUAUUCACUAUAGACACUUUGGUGAAGCCUCUUCCUCCUGCAAUGGCGUACAAUGUCUCUCGUAACUUGAGCUUCUUCACCCGUAUUUUCACUCAGUUCUUUGAUCCGGAAGGCAUUGCAAAUGCACAGAAGUCUCUGGGGUUGGGGCAGGAAGAUAAAGCUCGUCGUGUUCGUUGAAGAUGUGACUAUCUUUAAAAAGCCUGUGAAUGAACCCAGCAUUGUGGUUAGGAUGAUUAAAAUGUCCUCAAGGAGAUGUUUUGUAUGAAUUUUCCAAAGUACAAUGAAACUUCCAAGUUCCAUUUAUGUCCAAAAAUACAAACCACUUUUGUUUAAGUCCAAGCUUAGUUCGAUAUGGCACAACAGUUUUUAAUGUUA